AGUGGCAGCCUUUUGCGCGCGCGCGAGACAGCCAAAAUGGCAGCGUCCAUCAGCGCGGAGUUUUCAUUUAUAGUAUUGGUGCUUCAAUCUUGUUGCAAAAUGUGAACUAGGCUGCUGGUUGAUGGGGGCCUCCCAGCAAUGAGUCGGCGGAGGAAACACGGGGACACCCCCAGUCCGAAGAGCGCGCAGCGCAAAACGGCGGUGGCUGAGAAACACAGCUCGAUGGUCGAGCCGGAGAGGCGGCGGCUGAGGUCGGCCCGCCGCUCGGAGCCCCGCGGGCCUGGCGAAGGGUCUCCAGCAGCCGCUUCGUGCAGUAAAAGUCACCCCGAGGAAAAGUAUGAGACACCAACGAGAAUGCUGAAAAUGGAUUUACUAUCAUGUACCUUUAGUUCUCCAAAUGAUCUAGAUGGGCAGAAUGAUAUCUUUUGGGACCAGAAUUCUCCAGUGACAAAACAGUUAGGUAAAGGAAGAAAAAAACAGAUUUACACCACAGAUACUGAUGUGAUUUCACAUAUUGUCAAUCGUAUUGCUCCUCAGGAUGACAAACCAGCAGCAAAUCCUAUGCUGGACAUCUGGAUUGGUGAAACUGCUAUUCCUUGUACUCCUGUUGUAGCAAAAGAAAAAUCAAGAGUAAAAAUCAGCUGCACAAAGUUAAAAACACAAAAUCGAGAGAAAGAACUGAUGAAAUUGGCUAAACAAUUUGAUAAAAAUAUGGAAGAGCUAGAUGUAAUUCAAGAACAAACCAAGAAGGACCAUGAUUUUGUCCAGAUAAUUUCAGACACAGAGACUUUACAUAAUUGUAAAGAUUGUGUACAAAUGCAUUCAUCAUGUGAAGUAGUUCCUGAAAUAGAUAAUGCUACAUUAAAUAAGCCCGUGAGAGGAAACCUAGUGAUAUCUGUGGCAAAUGAUCAAACCAGCAGUCAGAAGCCAUUUGACCCAAAUGUUGAAGCAGCCUUUAAUGCAAUUUUUGAUGGUUCUACUCAGAUAUGUAGUGGACAGCUAAGCCAAGAUCUGUCAGAUGCUUUUUUGUACAACAGUAAUACUACUUUGGGGGAAAAAAGUCCUUUGACAAAGGAGAGUAUCAUUACUGAUAAAACUCUGGUCACUGAAAAACUGCCAAGUAAAACCCCAGUACCACUUUCUCCUCAAGUAUGUGUUCCCACAGUGACAAAAUCAUACCUGACUCCCAAGACUAAGGAGCAAGAAGAGUCUAAUAAGCACGUGGUCGCAUUUCCUACCAAUGAUUUUGAGGAUGAUUGGGAAAGCUUACUAGAAAAUGAACCUUUCGUUGUACAAAAUACUGAAAUGCUUGAACUUUUUCCCUCUAAAACUGCCCAUGAUAACAGUAUAUCAGGGACAAAUACAAGUCUAGAUACUAGGCUAAGAGAUUCAAAAAUACUACAAGAUCUUCCUUCAAACACGCAUAACCUAAGAGACACUAGAGAAUACAGUUUUUCACCCAAUCCAAACCGUAAAACAAGCAACUUACCACUCACUGGAAACGAAAUGAAAUUUGAGAAGUCAUUCAAUAAAGUUGUUAUUCAGGACAAAACUCAGAAUUUUACAGUUGUAUCUAACCUGACAAAAAUAAAAGAAAAUAUUCACACGAACUUUAUUUCCAAUGUAAAUGCUUCUGAAAAAAAGCCUUUGAAUACAAAAUCCUCUAGUGAACAAAAAAAUAAGCCCAUUUUAAAGCAUGUUUUUACAGCACCUGUUAAUAUUGAUUCUUUUGGUGCUGCAACUGGUGUUAGUAACUUAAAUCAGACUAAUGCAUCAAAGUUAGACUCUUUUAUUGAUGAUUGGAAUGAUCCAUUAUUUGCUAGUGAAAUUAUUAAAGCAUGUCAUAAAUUAGAGACUACUUGGGAAACAAAUGAUGUAGAUGAUGAUUUGUUAUAUCAAGUAUGUGAUGAUAUUGAAAGAUUAACCCAGCAACAAGACAUAAAGGACAGCAAGAGUACUCUGGAGAUCAAUAAUAAUACCAAACAUGGACACAAGAGCUUGCCUGCUGUAUCUAAAGGAGGAAGUCAUUUGGAGCAACCAAAGCAUUUGAAUCUGGGCAGCUUUUCAGCACAGACAUCGUUCUUGACAAGUAACUCACAAAUUGGCAAACCAAUGAAGAUGAAGAAAAGGGAAGUGUGUGAAAAUUCACCACAAAUUUUGGGUCCUACAACAAACUUGACUCCAUGUUCUAAGAACUCAAAUUGUGAGAUCAAUAGUGUACAUGUGUCUUGGAGUAAUUCUGAUGCGCCGAUACACAUGACUAGUUCCAGAUCGUUUCUCUCAAGAAGUUCAGAUGUUAAUGGGAGCUCCAAUCAUAUUGGCAUGGAAACUGUUAAUAGUAAGAGACUGAGUACUCAGCGAUUAUCCUGUGUGACCACAGCACGUGAAACUCACAGUGACCCAAAAACAGGUAGAUCCUCAAGGUAUACGUUUACAAAGCUAAAAAAUUCUCAGACUAAUCCUCAGUUUCAUCAGAAUCAUUCAGCAGAACAUAUGCCUGCUACCAGAAUUACACAGAGUGUAGAGAAAAAGAAAACUGUCAACUUACAGGAGGCUGACCGACAGCAACCUUCGGUGAAACUUUCUGAAUCUUUGAGACAGUCUUCCAAAGAGGAAGAGGAAAAAUAUAGAAAGUGUUCUCCCGAAGAAAUUCAGAGAAAAAGACAAGAAGCAUUGGUUCGAAGAAAGGCCAAAGUCCAGGCAUCAUCUGUAAAUUCAGCUCCCAUCCAAUUUCUUUAAAGAAAUAUUAGUUGUAAGCGAAAAACUGUUGACUAUCUAUGAUAGAAAGUAUUUUAUCUUAUUUCUCUGUGAGAAACUUAAUGCUGACUUAUAAAGCAUGGACUUCUGCUCUAUUAUUUAAUAAACCACUGUUUGCAAUGAUAAAUGAAACUGGAGAUAAAUGUGAAAAUAAUUAUAAGUUAUAGAAAUUCAGAAACAUUAGGAAAUAUGUAAUAAAAUUAUACAGAGGAAUAUAGUUGUAUUUUUAAAUCUUCCCCUUAGAGAGGAUCAAAAAAUAAGUAAUCUACCUAUUUUUUUGUCUUUUCCUAAUACUACCAAGCUUUGACUUCCUGAGUAAAUAGAAACUACCUUGUUUUAUUUUCAGUAACUAUUACUUUAAAGUUUUCAUUUCCAAAUUUUAAUUAAUACUUCCAUUACGCUAGGAACAUGCUUGGUAGGAAAUAAGAACCUCAGUUUUAUUUGUAAGGAAAUUACUAUUUUCAGUUCUUAAAGUACAUUUGAAUUUAGUAUUUCUAAAUGAUAUAGUUUGGAAACUCCACCAUUUUUAGGAUAAACAUUGGUUUAGGAAGUCUAGAAAAAGAAUAGCAGAGGAUCUAUACAGUAAGUAAUUUACUUUAGUAAUUAAUGUUUAGAACCAGCAGAAACUUUAGAUAUCUGAUCUAUGUUACUGUAUAGGUGAAAAAAAUCACUAAUUUAUUUUCAGUGUCACAGGCAAAUUAAAGCUGUGCUUGUAUUAAAGUCAUAUCAUUGAAUAACUAAACUGUUAAUACCGUUUGCUUCAAGCUAGUAGUCUAUAAACUAACCUAAAGAAACAGUAAUUAUUUUACAUUUAAAAGAAUAUAAUUAAAAGCAUAUCAAGGACUGUUUAAUAGCAAUACUUACUGUUCCUUACUUUAAAGAAUUAAUCUUUCCAGGAUAUAUGAAUGAGCUUUCUCUUUUUAGUUUUCCUGUAACUGUGAUUUUCUUCCCAAUUAUGUUUCCCAAUGUCCUCCCUUCUGCUUUUUGCCUUCUUGUAAUUUGUUAUGCCAGUUAUAGCAGUCUAAGUAGAGGGCAUAAAGCAGUAAGCUUUAGUCAUGUUCAGUGACUUGAAGAGACCUUAGGGAGGUUACAGAUAUGAAAUACAGUGGUACAGUUUUCACCACCAUUCAGUUGUUUCAGCUAUGGUAACAUGGUAACUGUUGCUCUUCAGGUGUGUAUCCUUUUGUAAAUACUGUCCUAUUUUUGUAUAUAGAGUAACAGAUUUUAAGUAACCUAUAUUAUUUGUCUAAAAAUAUAUAAUGCAGAUAAGUAUGUAAGAAAGUGAAGAAAAGUUCUUUUUUUCUUGAAGUUAUUUCACUGUAUUCCGUCUAUACCUUGAAUAUCUGUGAUAAAAUUUAAACAGGGGUCAUGCCCCACUUGAAUCAAUUUGACUCUGAUUCCCUGAAGUUUAGAAUUAGAAAUGUUUCUAGCAAUGAUUUAAAUUUAGUUUAACACUUGAGUAAUGUGAAUGAUAAUUUAUUAAAAGCUGAAUGUGGUUUUCAAUUGCUCUUACUGUUUUGAUCAUAAUUACUUAUGAGAUUCAAACACAAAGUAUCACACUUGUCUUUGUGCCUUUUCAGACCUCACAAUGAAUGCAUAUGUGAUUGAGUUCAUUGUGCCCCCUUUUAUACUCCAUAAGAAAAUCAUAAUUGGUAAACAUAGCAUUAGUAAAUGUUUUAUUUACUAGAAAUAGUUUUAAGCAACUUUAUGUAUUGAACUCAUUUACUUUUAGAAAUGACUAUACAAAGUAUCACUUUUAUACAGAUAAACAGUAAUUUUCUCAAAAUUACACAAUUAGAAAAAAUUUGUAACUGAGGUUUGAAUUCAAGUAAUAUAAUACCAAAGGUUGUGAUUUUCUUUAAGGUUCAGAUUAGAGUUUAUUAAAUCAGGACUGGAGAAGACAUAACACAAAUAGAAGCACACAGCACCCAAACUGAAUUAAAUCUAAGAUCUCUGAAAAACACUUGCUAAUUCCACAUCUGGUCAGUUCCUGGCCUAUUGGCACAGUGGAUUGUCAGAAGAGAGGAGGAAGUUCUGGCUGAGUUUUGAAACACUGUCCACGUAGUUUUCAAAGCCUGGCCAGAGGUUUGCUGUUAAGUCUUUGUAAUAGAUACAGCUACAGCUAGAAAGAUGGCUGUGAUUAGCAAGCCCCAGUUAGCAUUUCCAAUGCACAUCAGGAGCUGGGAGUUAGCUCUGCCUGGGGCCUGGAUCAGGCAACGCAGGCCACAGUCAAGGUAGCUUUUGUGUCUUCGCAACCUGCCACCACCACUGCAUUCUCACAGGUUUUGGGAAGGAGGUUUUUCUUGAAGACUGUUCCUAUAGACCCUGAAGCUAAAGCUUUCAGUGACUGGGAACUGCGUUGAUUCAAAGGGAGCCUUCAGUCCCAAGGCCAGGAGUUACCAUUGUGGUCAAUAUAAGUGUAAGAAAAACCUCAGAAUUGUGAUGGGCAGGAAGACUAGUGAGGAUUUGCACAAAGUAUAAGUUGCCCUGCUCUCUCUCUCUCUCUCUCUCUCUCUCUCUCUCUCUUUUGUUUGAUACAGUAUUUGCUGUGUUGCAUGGGCUGGGCUCAAACUUGAAAUCCUCAUGCUUCUCAGACAGAAUUAUAGCUGUGUGCCACCAUACCAGACUCUGACUUUAAAUGUUGAUCAUACUAUCAUUUCUGAGAACACUUUGUAACGACUAGUGUUCUAUGGAAAUUAUCUCUCUCUACAGCAAAA